UCUUCUGUGAGAACUUGAGAAAAUAGCGAGUUGAUCAACUAAGAUAGAUUAAUGAAUCAGAAAAUGAGUGAUGAAUUAGUGAUUGUAGCCGGCGCUGGCCCUUCCGGCAUAGCAACCUCUGCGUGCUUAAACCUCUUAUCAAUCCCAAACAUAGUCCUUGAAAGAGAAGAUUGUUAUGCUCCUCUGUGGAACAAGAAGUCUUAUGAUCGUCUUCACCUUCACUUACCUAAGCAAUCCUGUGAACUCCCUCACAUGCCUUUCCCUUCUGCUUACCCAAAAUACGUACCAAAGCGACAAUUCCUCGAAUACUUGGAGGAUUACAUGAAUCGUUUUAAUGUAAAUCCUUAUUACAAUAGAUCAAUCGAGUCUGCUACAUAUGAUGAGCUAACAAAGAAAUGGUGUGUCAAGGUAAGGAACAAAAUUUCAGAUGAGAUUGAAGAAUACAAAGCUAGAUUUUUAGUUAUCGCAACAGGUGAAACUUGUGAUCCAUUUAUCCCUGAAAUUGAAGGGUUAGAUAGUUUCAAAGGAGAGGUUUUGCAUUCUACACAAUAUAAAUCUGGAGCAAAGUAUGUGAAAAAGAGUAUUUUGGUUGUUGGAUGUGGUAAUUCCGGCAUGGAAAUCGCUUUGGAUUUAUCAAAUUUUGGGGCGAAGACAUCUAUUGUAGUUCGAAAUCCGAUUCAUAUUCUCUCCAAGGAGAUUUUGCAAUUGGGGUUGUUUUUGUUCAAGUAUCUUCCAUUUAAGUUGAGGGAAUCGAUUGUUGUUAUGCUUAGCAAGUUGUGGUUUGGUGAUCUGACUAAGUAUGGGAUAAAUAGACCAGUUGAAGGACCAUUUACUCAGAAAAUGAAGUAUGGCAAGUUUCCAAUCAUCGAUGUUGGGACUGUUAAGAAGAUUAAGUCUCGUGAAAUUCAGGUUUUACCAGGAAUAACAACCAUAAAAGCUGAGGAGGUGACCUUCACGAAUGGCAAUUCAUAUUGGUUUGAUGCAAUUGUGUUUGCUACAGGCUUUCAGAGAUCGACAAACAAGUGGCUCAAGGAUAAUGGUGAUCUCCUUAAUGAAGAUGGAUUUUCAAAACAAAGUUUUCCAAACCAUUGGAAGGGAAGGAAUGAUCUCUAUUGUGCAGGAUUGGCAAGGAGAGGAUUGUAUGGAUCUGGCAUGGAUGCCCAAAACAUUGCUAAUCAUAUCAAAACACUCUUAUGAAGGACCAUAAGUAUAAUUUAAAUCAUUUAUUUAAUCUUUAAAUGGUGGUUGUUCCACAAUGAUUGUGAAAGUAGUGUUGGUCAAGGUAG